AAAAGAAAGAAAAAAAAAUCCCAAAGCUUGAGAAUUGGAAAUGGGUAGUGUGGCAUGGAAGCAGCUUCUUCUAAACGCUUUGGAAUCCAACAGUAACCUUAAGCACUCUUCUUUCAUGCAGCUUGCAACCAUAGGAACCAACGGAAAACCUUCGAAUCGCACUGUCGUUUUUAGAGGAUUCCAAGACAACACUGAUAACCUCCAAAUUAACACUGAUGCCCGUACUCGCAAGAUUGAAGAGCUCAAGCUUUGCUCCUCUGCUGAGAUAUGCUGGUAUUUCACGGAUUCCUGGGAGCAAUUCCGGAUAAAUGGGAACAUAGAUAUCAUCGAUGGGUCGAAUCCUGAUCCAAUAAAACUUCAGCAAAGAGAAAAUUCCUGGUUUGCCAGUUCAGUGAGAUCAAGGAUGCAAUAUUUGGAGCCUAACCCAGGACUUCCCUGUCUAAAUGAACAACCACAGGCAGAAAUAACAUUAGAUCCUUCUACAGGUCCAGUUGAUGCUUUUUGUUUAUUGAUCCUAGAGCCAGAUCAGGUUGAUUACUUGAAUCUGAAGAGUAACCAGAGGCUAACAUGCAAAACAAGUGUGAGUGCAGCAAAGAAAAGCUGGAUUAUGGAGAGGGUCAACCCAUAAUCUGUUCUCAGUCAUACUUAGAUUUUACUGCAAGCAACAAGUUGCAUGUUCUGAGUAUAGAGAGAAGAUUGACUGGAACAUGCCAGUCAGAUUUUCGUUUGACACUGGUCACUAGAUGAUCAGCUUUCAUUCCUCUUAAUGUUCUGAACAGUGGAAGGUUGUACUUGUUCGAUAUAAACCUAGUAAGAUUGGAUGCGAAUUAGUCUCGUGUGUAUAACAUCUUAGCUUAAUGGGCAUCUCACUGGAGUAACUAUUUGUCACUUUGAUU